UCUGCCUGCUAGAACAUAUAUAAUAUUCUCUCGCAAAUUUGCUAACCGAUCGAUUCCGCCAGUAUAAAAGGCAAUCGUCACCAAGUGGCUGAUCGCAAUAGACUUCCAGGCGUCUUCGCGAGUGAGUAAUAAAAAGUUCGGAGAAGAUCUUUUUUUUUUCUUUCAAGUCACUUCUAGCGACUUUUUAUAUAGCACCGUCUUAGCGCUUAUCGCUUAUUGUCUUUUCUCUACGAUCACUCAAUUAGUUGGUCAAACAAAUCUGACAAUUAGCAAAUAAUAUAUUAUCUUUGCGCGCAAUCGUCGAAGCAGUGGAAAAAUUGUGUUUUUUUUUUAAAUUUAGUCAUAAAGUCAUAUUUUUGAAAAAAUGAUGUUCAUAGUCAAGAUCGCGAUCCUCAUAACAAUUUUCUCAAAGGAAUCUACAGCCUGUCGAAAUGCACGAUUAAUGAAGACCGGGGUGACUGAACAGGAGAAGUAUGAUAUUCUGGAGACACACAAUCGCCUACGCCAAUCCGUAGCAAUGGGGCAAGUGCGUGGUCAACCAGGUGCUGAGAACAUGAUGGAAAUGAAAUGGGACAGUGAAUUGGCGGCCAAAGCACAGCAGUGGGCAGAUCAGUGCACCUUUGAACACGAUCCCAGUCGUUAUCUGAAUCGCUUCACAAUGGGACAGAAUCUAGCUAUUAUGUGGAGUACAGAACCACUAGGAGAGCACGAAGGGGACUUCCCAUCCCGUAUUCAAAACUGGUUCAACGAGGUGAACGAUUAUGGAUGGGGAUCUUCAUGGUCACCUAAAACAGGACACUAUUCACAGCUGGUUUGGGGCGAAACAAAUCUAGUGGGGUGUGGUUUCUCGUCUUACUACGAUGGAUACAAGUACAACAAACUAUGGGUCUGCAAUUAUGGACCAGGAGGUAAUGUAGUCGGAGUGGAUCCCUACUCAACUGGAAGUCCAGCCUGUCACAAUUUCGGACUUUCCUCAUCAAGUCGCUACCCUGGUCUCUGUACUGAUGCUCCAACAAUCCAAACAAUUACCUAUCAAGCACCACAACAGAACUACAUCACUGACUACAAUAAUGUCAAAUAUACAGCACCCCAUAAGGCCGAAUAUACCAGAGUGACUUACAACAAACCCCAAAAGAGUUCAUUCACCAACCAAUUCGCAGCAGAUUACGCAUGGUCACAGCCCCAAACCCACCAAUACUAUCAGGAGCCAGAAACUCAAGUUUAUGUUGAGGAGAAGCCAGCCCACAAUGCCUUUGCUUCCUUUGAACCCCCAAGGAACACCAAGAGUGAUCGUAACAAUGCUUUACUCACUUACAAUUGGGAUGCUUUUUUCAAUUGAAAUUAACACAAAGGGAUAUGUUCUAAGAUUAAGCUAGGCUCUAAUACUUAAUUAGAAUUCUUAAAAAAUUGUACUUUUAGCAUGAUUAAGGCAGAAAACGACUGGAUAACUAUUAAGGAAUUUUAUACAAAUUUUAUAUACACUUUUUUGUAUGACACAAGAUAAUAAACCAUUUUUGCUGGUUCAUAAGAUA